CGAAGAUCCUUCUCCUUCUAUGAAGAACUUGCUUCGGCAGCAGUCACUGGUUUUACCAAGACAGCUACAACAGCUGCUAACGUUGGUCUGGUCACGACUCAGGCUGCAGUUGGAUUUCCCAUCCUUGUAGCCGGAGCUGCCGUCGGAGCAACGGUCGGAGUAGGCAAGUUUGCAGUGGAUGCCACGAUGGAGGUAGCCAACACAGCAGUCCACGUGACAGCGUCAACUCUCCAGCGAAGCCGGAGUGCCAAUUGCCUACUUGGGCCCCUGCUGAACGGAAGAAGCAAAACACCACCACCAAAGAAGAAAACGACUCUUUCCGCAAAAUCGAGUUUCAAUGAUGAUCUAGCCUCUUCUUCCUUGUCCGAGGCAGCAGGUGACGAUAUUGCGUGUGUUCCUCUUGAGAGAACCACCAGUGCACCUACAUAUACCGCCAUGCUACCUGUAGAGAAACGCUUCACCACAGCUCUUCCUGCCUAA